AAAAGUUGGCAUAUCUUUAUUAGUCAUGCAUAUGGUAAUACUGAGUCAUUAACAGUUUUGUCCCACGCCAUUAAUAUAUAAAGUAUUAAACAAAACUUUGUUGCAUUUCCUGCGUAUUUUCCAAUGCAUCUUCUGAUUAAAAGUUACAUCAAACAUUAAGAAAACAGAAGUGUUUUAGAAGAAACAGAAAACAGAACUGUUACUGCUGUCUUUGAUUACAGGCGUGCUAUCAAUGCGUUGAAGUAAAGGUCAUUGUGUGGUACAAAGGAGAGAAAGCAAGGAGAGAAUUCCUCUUUAGAACGGGAAGAACAGAUAACUAAAAACAGAGUCAUGUCAGAAGGAAAUAAUCAAAUGGUAUUGCCUAAUGUGACUGAUGGAAGAGCAUGAGAGAAAAACGUGUGUUGUUGAUAUUGUAAGAUAGGAAUACGUGAGGCUUGACUUUAAUCCUAUUAAUUCUAACAAACUCAAAUCAAACUCAGGCACUAUUUGUCUCACACUUAAUAAGUUACAAGAAAUCUUAUUACGAGCAGCUUUUCAUUUCCUUUCAUAUACUUUUAUUUUCAGUACUCAGUAGACGGAGAAGGGUGGUUCAUUUACUUCACAUAGGUUUUUCUCAAACCGCAGAACGCUGCAGCCGCUAUUGCUAACCCCUUCUGUGCAUACAGCACCUUUCAUUUUGAAAGAUCCCCGAAGUGCUUCAUAGACUCUAAAUACGGAGAUUAUUUCUCAUACCACUGAAAGUCUGCACCAAAACCAUCACACUGAAGGAGCUUUGGGAAAGGGAGCACAGAACAAUUUAUCCCACGGACCCUAUGGACCUCGGGUAACUUGGGGCAGAAUGCGUAGCGGGCCACAAUCUAAGCGCUUAUUCAUGUGACAGUUUUCAAAGCCCUAUAGCCUAGCUUUGUCAGCUGACUGAAUGCAAAAAAUGAUGUGCAAACCUGCACCAGUUCAACCCAACAGGUUUACUCUUUUGCAGGCAAGCGGUGCCUCAGUGUUUUACGUUAACACUACCUGGUCCCUCUCGUACCUGGUCCCACGCCUCGCCUCGAGCUGUGACGGGGCAGGGCGGGAAGCCUCGGCCGGGAGGUGCUCACGAAGUGCCGCGCGGCGGGAAGCCGCGGAACGUUCUCGAACGGGGCGGCUCGUGCGGACUCUGAGGGAGCGGCGCCGCGGCGGCUGUUUCCGUGACGGCACUGUCCGACCUCAGCCUGGCGGGGGAGCGGUGAGCCCGGAGCUCGCUGAGCUCAGGCCGGGCCGGGCGGGAAGGAGCUGGCCUGGCUGCGCGGCGAGCGAGAGACACCUGCCUAACGGUUUUUGUUUUGCUUUGUCUUCUAUGAAAGCUACUCCUGGUGUUCUACACGAAUAUUCAUUAGUCAAUUUGGAAAUGGACUUGCUGUCUGGAACCUACCUCUUGGCAGUCUUAUUAGCCUGUAUUGUGUUUCAAUCUGGAGCACAGGAGAAGAACUACACAGUGCGGGAAGAACUGCCUGAAAAUGUCCUCAUUGGCAAUUUGCUCAAGGAUCUUAAUUUAACACUGGAUCCAGAUGUCCCCCUUUCCUCACCACUACAGUUCAAGCUUGUAUAUAAGACUGGGGAUGUACCACUGGUACGAGUGGAGGAGAACACUGGUGAGAUAUUCACAACUGCAAACCGCAUAGACAGAGAGAAGCUGUGCUCUGGCAUCUUUAGUGAGAAUCGCUGCUUUUAUGAGGUGGAGGUUGCCGUUUUGCCUGAUGAAGUUUUCAGACUGGUCAAGAUCAGAUUCCUAAUAGAGGAUAUAAAUGACAAUGCCCCCCUCUUCCCCUCUACAGUUAUUAACAUCUCUAUCCCUGAAAACACAGCGAUUAAUUCUCGCUAUUCUGUUCCAUCUGCCAUUGAUCCAGACAUUGGUGUGAAUGGUAUUCAACAUUAUGAACUCCUUAAGCCCAAAACAGCUCCGAAAAGGACAUUUGGAUCAAUUACGAAUGAUCAGGGUCAAAAUGUAUUUGGUCUUGAUAUAAUUGAGACACCUGAGGGAGAUAAGUGGCCUCAAUUGAUUGUCCAGCAGAUUCUGGAUAGAGAGCAGAAGGAUACCUAUGUAAUGAAAAUUAAAGUUGAAGAUGGUGGAAGUCCUCCAAGAUCUAGCACCGCAAUCCUGCAAGUCACAGUGACUGAUGUGAAUGAUAAUCGCCCAGUCUUUAAAGAGAAUGACAUUGAAGUUAGUAUUCCAGAAAAUGCUCCAGUGGGCACCUCUGUUUCUCAACUCCAUGCCACUGAUGCAGACCUGGGCUCAAAUGCACAAAUCCAUUUCUAUUUCAGCAAUCAAAUCUCCAGUUUGGCCAAAAAGCUGUUUGCCAUUGAUAACGCCACUGGUCUCAUCACCAUAAGAGAACCACUAGACAGGGAAGAAUCUCCUGUGCACAAAUUAACUGUUUUGGCAAGUGAUGGCAGUUCAACUCCAUCAAGAGCAACAGUGACUGUUAAUGUCACAGAUAUUAAUGACAACGUCCCAUCAAUAGACACAAGAUACAUCAUCAAUCCAGUGAAUGGGACAGUGCUUUUGUCUGAGAAAGCUCCGCUUAAUACAAAAAUUGCAUUGAUAACAGUAAUGGACAAGGAUGCUGAUCUGAAUGGAAAAGUUACUUGUUUUACAGAUCAUGAUGUCCCUUUUAGACUAAAGCCAGUGUUUGAUAAUCAGUUUCUUCUGGAGACAGCUACAUUUCUAGAUUAUGAAUCCACACGGGAAUAUGCUAUUAAAAUAGUAGCUUCAGAUUCAGGUAAACCUCCCUUAAACCAAUCUGCAAUGCUCUUGAUCAAAAUUAAAGAUGAAAAUGACAAUGCCCCAGUUUUCACACAGCCUAUCAUAGGUCUUUCCAUCCCUGAAAACAAUGCACCUGGUACUCAGCUAACCAAGAUAAGUGCUACAGACGCCGACAGUGGGCGCAAUGCUGAGAUCAGCUAUAUUCUGGGUUCUGAUGCACCCCCUAUUUUCAACCUUGACCGCCGUACAGGCAUUCUGACAGCAGUGAGAAAGCUGGACAGAGAAAAACAAGACAGGUACUCCUUCACUGUACUGGCUAAGGAUAAUGGGAUGCCACCCCUGCAGACCAAUGCUACUGUGACAGUGUCAGUCCUGGACCAGAAUGAUAACAGCCCUGCUUUCACACACAAUGAAUAUAAUUUCUAUGUUCCAGAAAACUUACCCAUGUAUGGCACAGUAGGGCUUAUCACUGUAACAGAUGCUGAUUCUGGAGAGAAUGCUGCAGUCACUCUCUCUAUAUUAAAUGGUCGAGAUAAUUUCAUUAUAGAUCCUCUUACUGGUGUAAUAAGACCUAAUAUUACUUUUGAUAGAGAACAGCAGGGGUCAUACACUUUUCAGGUGAAAGCAGUGGAUGGAGGAAGACUGCAGCGUUCCUCAACGGCCAAAGUGACGAUCAAUGUUGUUGAUGUAAAUGACAACAGGCCUGUUUUUGUUAUUCCUUCAUCAAAUUAUUCAUAUGAGUUGGUUCCAACAUCAUCCAGUCCAGGGUCUGUAGUUACUAAAGUCUUUGCAGUUGAUAAUGACACAGGAAUGAAUGCAGAGCUCCGUUACAGCAUUAUAGGUGGGAAUUCAAGGGGCUUGUUUACAAUUGACCAAUUAACAGGCAAUAUUACAUUGAAGGAGAAGGUAAUUACAUCAGAUCAUGGUUUGCACAGACUGGUGAUAAAAGUCAAUGACCUAGGACAGCCAGAGUCUCUUUACACUAUAGCUCUUGUGCAUUUGUUUGUGAAUGAGACAGUCACCAAUAGUUCAUAUAUACAAGAGCUAGUGCGCAGGAAUAUGGAAACUCCAGUUGGCCAGAACAUUGGGGAUGGUGAGAUAACCCCACAAACCAAUGAUUAUGUCAAGAUCAUAAUUGCAAUUAUUGCAGGCACAAUGACGGUUAUUCUGGUAAUUUUUGUUACUGCUUUAGUACGGUGCCGCCAGACACCCAGGCACAAAGUUGUCCAGAAAAACAAGCAGAGUGGUGAGUGGGUUUCCCCAAACCAAGAGAAUAGGCAGAUCAAGAAGAAGAAGAAGAAGAAGAAACGUUCUCCAAAAAGUCUUCUCCUCAACUUUGUGACUAUUGAAGAAUCUAAGCCUGAUGAUCCUGGCCAUGAGCACAUAAAUGGCACUUUAGACAUACCUGUAGAACUAGAAGAACAGACUAUGGGAAAAUAUAACUGGGCCACUACACCAACCACAUUUAAGCCUGAUAGCCCAGAUUUAGCAAAGCACUACAAGUCUGCUUCUCCACAGCCAACCUUUCAAAUUAAACCUGAGACUCCUGUACCCCCCAAGAAGCACCAUGUAAUUCAGGAACUGCCUCUGGAUAACACCUUUGUGGUGGGCUGUGACUCACUCUCCAAGUGUUCAUCAAGCAGCUCGGACCCUUACAGUGUUUCUGAAUGCAGCUGUCAAGGAGGCUUCAAGACCCCAGGCCCCAUUCACACCAGACAGCUCUGAACGUCAUCGCAUCUGAUGUUAUAUACUGAAGUCGUACGUGUACACAAUGAUGUUAAGCCAGCAAACAUGAAAACAAGGAAAUAGCACGAGAAAGCCCUUUGUCCUCUCUGAUUGCCGAAGAAAUUUAUCGUCUGAUCUCCAGAGGGGUUUGGAAGUGACGAUGAACUGUUCAAGCUGCCCUACUGAAAGGUAUCAAGGGCAAGAAUUUUUUAAAAGGAAAAGACAAAAAAAUUUUAGUACGUUGUGCUAUAGUGUUCUAUAAUGUAGUUUUGCUAAGAAAAAAGUAAUGUGACCCAUCAUUCAUCGCAGUUGGCGAUUAUGGUAAAUCUAUUGUUUUCUAAUUUUGCUUGUAACCAACUUCUUGUCCCAGAUUUUUUCCUUAUUUAUUUUAGUUGAAACAAGUAGAAGUUUUGAUUAUAUAAGUAUAAUAAAAGGGAGCAAUAAAUUUUAUUCAUACAUUGAAAGGAGAAUGUAAAGUUCUUUAUACUCCCUGCAUUAAAAAGAAAAACAAAUUGUUGUCACAUAUAGUAUUGUUACACAUAUUAAGAAUCAAGUGUUAUUUUAUAUCUAUUCCAUAAUAUUUUUAAUGAUAAUAUUGCUGCUACAGAUCAUAAAUGGAAUUGGUGACAUCACUGCUUUCUCAUUUUAAAGGAACAAUAAUAGUUGUGAACAAUGAAUACUUUCUUACCCACAAAAUUUUGUAAUAAAUGAUCCACCUUUUAAAUAACCAAAAAAAAUUCACUUCCUAAAAUAGAAUCUAAUUUGCAUUUUGCUUGCUGAAAUCUAGACAACACAUAAAAGAUGCUAUGCACCUAAUCUUCUGAAAUACUUAAAAAAAAAAAUCAUAGAUCUAGUGGCGUGCUUUUCAGUGUGAAAAAGUUGGAAGCAGUAAAUAUUUGUUGGAACUUAGAAUUUUUUGCACUGUUACCGAGCACACGGGGGAAAAAUGGCCUUCUGUUGUUUUU